AUGGCAGCAGUCACCAUGCCCACGACCGCCACCCUCCCUGUUCCUCAUGGGCUUGGUGCCGCUGCCUUGGACAAUCAGGAAUCCACCUCCCAGUCUCUUCCCCUCCCGAGUCAAGUCCAUACCCCUCCUACGACAGACGAGGGGAGUCAUAAGGAUGAUGACGCAGCUUCGAGUUCCUCCCUGUCCGAACUGGACGAUGACAUUGAAGAUGAGGAGAACAGGAUGAGAUUCGAAGAGGCUGCCCGUGCCGGCGCAGAAGCCGAACAGUUUUCCGAGGUCAAGCCGGACAGAUAUGAGAACGGGGUCCCCAUCUUCACUCCAACAAUGGCCCAGUUCAAGGACUUCCAAAGAUAUGUCAAGGGCGUGGACCCUUACGGCAUGCAGUCAGGUAUCGUCCUCAUCGAUCCUCCCGAAGAAUGGAAGCGUGCUCGGAAAGCCCUGGACGAUAUCGUCAAGACCAUCAGGAUUAAAAAUCCCAUCACCCAGGAAUUCCACGGUGCCCAAGGGAUCUAUACACAGAGAAAUAUGGAAAAAAUGCGGUCUUACAAUCUUCCGCAAUGGAAAUCUCUCUGUGAGCAGACCGAGAACCAGCCCCCCGCCAAGCGUGGUGAGAAGCGCCUCAACGCCGACAAGCUACUUGGACGAGGCAUCGCUCGUAGCAGAAAGACUGAAGUAUCGGCCACACCCGAGCCGUCCAAAAGGGCCUCCAGUCGAGCCAAAUCCAUUCCCAUUAAAGAAGAGCCAUCUGAUCACGAUUCCACCCUUCUUGCCCCUCCCACCCCGACCAGUCCAGAGGUGAAGCCAGCCGCCCUGGACAAUGAGGAGGCCGAUGAUGAGGCGGUUUCCUCGACUGCUGACCCAACGCCGACCAAGGCCAAGAGGGGGAGGGGCAGACCACCUGGUACCGGCAGACCACGAGGAAGACCGCCCAAAAAUGCCAACAAGAAGGAAACUUCAAGUGCUGGCAAAGGGGCAGAGACCACCGUUGCCGCUCGGCGACUGCGGAAUGCCCGUGAGGCCAAUGAUGAAAUUGAUGAGGAGGCUUUCCAGGAUUUUGACUAUCGUGUAUAUGACAACGAUCAGUGGACGCCCGAACGCUGCGAUGAACUCGAAGAGAAAUACUGGAAAAGUCUCAACUUCAGUAACCCCAUGUAUGCUGCCGACAUGCCGGGCUCCCUGUUUGAUGAUGAUACCAAGGAGUGGAAUGUGGCAAAACUACCAAACUUGCUGGACCUUCUCGGUAAUUCUAUUCCUGGUGUCAACACCGCCUACCUGUAUCUUGGGAUGUGGCGAGCCACUUUUGCCUGGCAUUUGGAAGAUGUGGAUCUCUACAGCAUCAACUACAUCCACUUCGGUGCCCCGAAACAAUGGUACAGCAUAUCUCAAAAAGACGCACCCAAAUUUGAAGCGGCUAUGAAGUCUAUCUGGUCGUCAGAUGCCAAGGACUGCGAUCAAUUCUUGCGCCACAAGACUUAUCUCGUCUCGCCCGCAAUACUGAAAUCCAAGUUCGGGGUCAAUGUCAACAAAGUCGUCCAUCGAGAAGGCCAGUUUAUAAUCACCUUCCCUAUCGGGUAUCAUUCCGGCUACAAUCUGGGUUAUAAUUGCGCAGAGUCGGUCAAUUUCGCCAUUGACAACUGGUUGCAAUAUGGAAAGACGGCGCGAAAGUGCCAGUGCGAAGCCGACAGCGUCUUCAUCGAUGUGGACUGGUUCAUCCGAAGGAUGAAUGGCGAGCCUACACCCGAGUUCGAAGAAGUCGAGGUCACCGACGAUGAAGAUGAGGACGAACCAACAGACCUUCCGACACCUCCAAGCAGCGACAGAGGAAGGAUCAAGGUCCCGCAGAAGAGAAAACGAGCUUUGAAGGAGCUUGGACCAAACAAAAAGGCCAAGAAAAUAAUCAAAAUCAGAAAGGUCAGCAAGAACCAACCUUGCUGCCUGUGCCCGAACGAUUUCUCCUGGGAGGAGCUUCUGCCGACAACGCAAGGUCAACGUGCUCAUAGAACCUGUGCUAUGUACACGCCAGAAACCUAUAUUGCCAGCAAAGACGGCAAGGAGAUGGUCUACAAUGUUGAGAACAUCAGCAAAGAUCGUCUGGAACUCAAAUGCCACGAAUGUCGGCAGAGGAAAGGUUCGUGCUUCCAAUGCUCAUCGGCGAAAUGCACCAAGUCGUACCACGCUACUUGUGCCAUGCACGCUGGUGUUCAAGUCGACAAGGGCGAAAUCGCUGUUUGGCACGAAGGAGUGGAGUACCGGGACAUUGGUUUCGACUGGAGAUGUCGUCUGCAUCGUACGGUCAAACGCACGAGACUCACGAGUGAACUUUCCCUCUGCAAUCAUGCAAACAGCUGCUGGCAGAACGCUGAGUUUCCACAAUUUCUUUUCAGCCUUAAGGAAGGAGCACUCAUUCAAUUUCAAGCCACCAAUUUCGACGAUAUUGAGGCUGGCCUGGUAAUUUCUGGCUACGAUGAAGGCCAAGACUCAGUUCUUGUCAAGAUUCUACCAGACUUGAAACAGGUUAAGGAAGUAGAUCCAACCUCGAUCCUGUUUGUCGACUCUGCAACCUCAUACUUACAGAAGCCAAGCGCAAACGCGCUCGACCUGCCGGAAGAGCUUCAAGGCAAGACUGCUUCUCUCCCCGAAUCCACUGAGAAGAAGCCAAGUCCAGGUGACGUGUUUACUGAGGAGCCAAGGACCGAAUGGGCAGAGUUUGUCUGUUCUCUAGCUCCCGUUAACAAAGCGCAGAAGCCCGUGGAUCUCGCAAAGGAAAAACAGCUGUGGUUAUAUCUUGGGGAGAAGUCUUCAGAAGGAAAAGCAUUCUAUACAGCUGACCCUGCAAACCCCGUUCAUGAUCCUGCAUCGAACUUCCUCGACCUUGUUAUGCCUCCCAAAAAGACAAUGGCGCCACCACCUCAACCAAAGCGUCAAGCGCUCUCUGCCUCCCAUCCACUAGCCAACUUUGCUGCCAAGAAUGCUGCGAUGCAGAGCAUCAGGCAGACUGUCGAUAAGCAGCAACUGCAGGGAUCAGUUCUUCCAGGAACGUUCAGCGGAACAACGCAAGAUCUCACGAUGGGAAGUGGCCAAGCUAGGCCAAUCAAAGCCAGUCAGAUUAAGCCGUCGCAAUACAAGGACAUCGUGACUGGUCAAGAAGCUCGCCUGAAUGAGCAGGCGCGGAUAUUUCAGCGACAGCAAGUCAAGGCUCGGCAACUUGACGCUACGGAAAGCUCCACCAGCGCCGUUCGUCAUGCUAGUAUAGGAAUUGACCAUGAUGCUGUUCAGCGGCAGAGGCACUUCCAACAACAAGCAUCUCAACAUGCUAAGCAUAUGAAAGAGUGGUCGAACGAUCCAUCACUGCCACCGCUCAAGCAAUACGAGUCCUUUCCAAGCUUCUCUACCCUCGAUACCACUGGUCGCUACGGUCCUACAAUGAUGAAUUCAAACAUCAGGUCACAACAAUACGAAUACAGUAACGACUGGAUGAACCCUAGCACCACAAGUCGGAGCCCAGGUUUUGGACACACCCAAAAUUCGGGUCUCAAUUCCAUGCUUUCAUCUCAAUAUGGUCAACCUCAGUCCCCAGUGACUUCUCCCUUCCCUCCAUACGUCCAGCAGUCUCACCUUCAGUACUCGUAUCACGCCAAUUCGAAUCAAAGUCCUCCAGGAUCUUCAGCUUCAAGCACUCCUUAUCAACAGUCCCGCAUCGAAACGAUCCGCGCGGCUGCAAGUCAACCACCUCCACCUCCACCCACAGCUGAAGUCGAACGUCAACGAAGGAUUUCUAACCCGGCUUACCCUUUCAAAAGCCCCGAUCAAAUCAAGGCCCAAAAAGAAGCAGAGAAGCAUUCUCCACCUGGUAGCAGACCGAGCAGCUCAUACAUGAUUCCCAGUCCCGGUCUGCAGCAGCAUGACGCCUCUUCCUUCAUGCCGCAUACAGGUUCAUCCCAUCCAAGCCCCGCCAUGCAACCACUUGACCCGCAGAAUCCGCCUCAAUUCAUCAACCCAAAUGCCACGCAGAUCAGUCCAACCGGGUCCAGUGCUGGACAUCGCUCUGCAAGGGGAAGUUUCUCCGGACUAGGUUUGGGAUCAAGCGUCCCUCUCCCUCUAAGUCACAUGGGAUUGAAAAGGAGCUCUUCGAUGGACAUGAUGGAUCUAGAUAUGAUUCACGACAUGGCGCCCUUCCCCGCUGCGAGUAUUAAUCCGCUGCAAAUCAGCAAUUAUAUUCCCAAGCGCUCUAUUUACGAUCCAUUGAACACGACUGUCCAUGGUGGCAUGAUGCAACAAAAGCCUCAAGCCCCGCUUCCCAAACCCAUUCUUCCGCAUGCCUCGGCAAUCCAGCUUCCUCCCCAGCCUCCUAUGACCGAUCCCUCUGCUGUACUCGCCCAAUCUCUUGAGAAACGUCCACUUGGACCUACCGGCUUGCUGAUCAACGAUCGUCCCAUCCCCAAGCAGCUGAGUGAUUGGUUUACAAGAGGUGGUUUCUGGGCGAGGGUGGCAGGGUACUACAUCCAAAAACACAAUGGCAUGGCUAGUGUUUAUAGAAGCCCGUUCAUUGCGGUUAAGGAUAAGGUUGGGCUGGACAGUUGGGAAGGAGGAUUAGCGGAGAGGUACUACGACAAUCUGGAACCGGCAGAAAGGCAAAGCAUUGAUGCCGUGAGAGACGGUAAGGCACAUCCAUAA